AUGGAUUAUUCGUUACAGAACCACCGCUCCUUUAUUGGCUCCAAGGUCACUGACCUGCCUACGCCCUCUUUUGUUCUCAGCUUGCCAACCAUCAAGAAGAAUAUUGAGAGGCUGCAUCAGGAUGUCGAGAAGGCCGGAGUCACACUUAGACCUCAUGUUAAGACCCUCAAGAGUCUGGAAGUCACGCGGUUGAUGCUGGGAAAUGGCAAGUACAAGAGAGUUGUGGCAUCAACACUGUCAGAAAUCCGUGGAUUAUUGCCAUUGGCAGAAGAGGGCAUUCUCGAGGAGGUUCUGUAUGGGCUGCCGCCCCCAGCAAGCACCAUCCAUCUGCUGGAAGAUCUACGAAAGUCCACCAACGUCCAGCUCAUGAUCGACCAUGAAAAGCAGCUCACAAUCGUAGAGAAAUUUGCCGCCAAGAACACGGAAAGCACAAUCCAACCCUGGGACAUCUACAUCAAGCUCGAUGUGGGUAGCAAGCGCGCCGGUCUUCCCCUGGGCAGCGAUCGUCUUACAAAGUUGAUUCAACACGUCAACAACUCACCAGCCGUCACUCUCAAGGGUUUCUACUGCCAUGCAGGCCACUCUUAUGGGUGCCGGACACCACAAGAAGUGGAGGAUCUCCUUACGGUCGAAAUCAACAGUGUCCUGAGCGCUGCGAAGCUGGUCACUGGUGACAGAAAACUCACUCUAUCUGUGGGCGCUACACCGACGGCUCAUGUUGUUGGCACUCUUAAGGCAGCGAUCCCCGAGAACGUCACCUUGGAGUUGCACGCCGGGAACUUCCCAACAAACGAUCUCCAACAGGUCGCAACCAGCGUCAUUGGAGCCGAAGACCAGGCCAUCCGCGUCCUCUCCGAAGUCUGCAGCGUGUACCCGGAGCGCAACGAGGCUCUCAUCAACGCCGGGACAAUCGCCUUGUCAAAGGAAGCUGGCCCGGACCCAGGCUACGGCAAGGUUGUCGGCAAGCCUGACUGGGCUGUUGUCCGAAUGUCUCAGGAACACGGUAUCCUGGGUGAAGUUCAGGCACCGGGCUCAAAGACUACUGAGCCAGAGCGCAGAGAUGUGGAAGCGAAUUUCGAUGUUGGCGAUAAGGUGUUCCUCAAUGUCCAGCAUGCCUGCAUUACUGCUGCGGCCUUUUAUGUUUACUACGUUGUAGAUGAGAAUGAUGUUGUGGUAGAUACCUGGGUUCCGUGGAAGGGGUGGUAA